ACUGGUUCAUUUGUAAUCUUAAAGAAAGAUGCCCAGGGUGGUGAUCCCAAGAAACAUCCUUGCAUAUGGAGAAUUGAUGGAAAAGCUCUACUUCAAAAAUACGAAGCUUUUGAUGAAGAUGAUAAAGUUCGGCAUAAAAACACUUCAGUUUACACCGGAUGGUCUCCAUUAGAUAAGGAUUUAUAUGCUCCAAUUACAGUUGAUGUAGUUCGACACAAUAAUAAUAAUUUAACAGUGAGACUUAAUAUCCUGAAUGCCGACAGUGAUUAGAACAUAUAGUGCAGUUUUCAGUUAAAUUUAUACUUUGUUUUUAUAAAAGAUCUUUGAUAUAUUUUCCCUCAUUGAUAAAAUUGUCAGAUAUUUUAGAUAUGGUCAAUCAUAUUAUUUUAUACGGGAUUCAUACUCUUUAAAACUUAAAGGAAGACACAACAUAGAAGGUAUUAAUGUUUGCAAUAAAAUUUUAUUCCAUUGGGUUGAA